UUACGCCUGUCAUCCCCGUGCGCCGCCGUCCUCUUCCCCUCUCUCCUCCCGCACCAAUCGCUCUGUGUGAGACACAGAAAACAAGCGGACCCGAGGCGCGAGCUGUAGCCCGGACCGGCCUCCCCAGCGCCCCCUCCCGCCACAGCCGUAGGGCUCCGGCCGAGGAGGUACCGGGCACCCACGCGUGGCGGCUGCCGCCCGCCUCUGCCUGCGGAGCGCCCCGCGCAGAGACUCACACAUGCCUGAGACCAGAGUGGGAGCGGCGCUGAGCCCGGCCGCCUGGGUUCCCCGCGCUGCCUGGCUGGGGCCCUAGCAGCGCCCCGGCCGCUGGAGCCGGGUGCGGCGGCUCCCGGUGCCCGAGUGUAUGAGAGGGAGCGCGGAGCGGGGGCCGCGGCCCGAGCCACUCGCCUCCUCUCCCGGACGGCGGCAGCAGAGAGACCGGCCCGGGGGGAAGCGAGGGGGCAGCGGCUCCAUGUGAAGAGACCCGAACACGCACGUGAACCGCCGAGCAGCCCCCCGGAGCCGGGAGGCAGCGAGAGAGACUCGGGGACCCGGCAGCCGAGGGGGGCUGACCUGUCUCUCACUAAAGUUUCCCGGACACGCUGUGCCUCUCGGGACCUGGCGUCCAACUUACUGUGAAGUCCUAGAGUCCCCGCAGGGAAGCGGAUCCCCCUGUCCCCGGCACAAGGGUGAGCUUUAGCCGCCCCCUGUAUCACUGAUAGCGUAUCUGCUGCAGCCAGACAGCCAAAGGAGGGAAACUUAACGCGCCGCUGUUGCUGUUCCUAAGGCAUAAUAUUAGACUACCAGAGAGACUGUGAGAAGUUCUAAAGAAAUCUGUUCCUGCUAACUUUGGGUAACAGAAGGACGUUUCGGAAAGAAUGAAUUCAAGUGGUCUAGAUCACUUAAGCAUCUGCUUGACAGACGUAGACUCAGAGGAAAAAAACGUAAGCCUGUUGAGUUGCUGAUGGUGGUGAAGUAUUGAUCCAUUAAAAAGGCUUGCAGUGAAGCUUUUUACUUGAUAAUGUGAAAGCAUUUGCAUCAUCAGAUAGUCUAGCCAAGGUCCAAGAAGUAGCAAGCUGGCUUUUGGAAAUGAAUCAGGAACUGCUGUCUGUGGGCAGCAAGAGGCGACGAACUGGAGCGUCUCUUCGAGGUAAUGCUUCCUCAAGCCAAGUAGAUGAGGAGCAGAUGAAUCGAGUUGUGGAGGAGGAGCAGCAGCAGCAGUUACGACAACAAGAGGAGGAGCACAUUGCAAGGAAUGGGGAAAUAGGUGUAGUAGAGUCUGGACUUGAUGACAGAAUUGAAUCCCAGCAAGAACAGUUAGAAGAAAAUAACAAUAGGCUUAUUGUAGUGGAUGAAGAAUCCACUGGUAACCACGAGGAGGAGGAAGAGGAAGAACAUGGUGGUGAACAAGAGGAGGAGGUGGAAGAAGAGGAGGAAAUGGACCAGGAGAGUGAUGAUUUUGAUCAGUCUGAUGACAGCAGCAGAGAAGAUGAACACACUAACAGUAAUAGUGUCACAAAUUCAAAUAGUAUCAUGGAUUUGCCCAUACACCAGUCAUCUCAAUUCUACAUAAAGUCAAAGAUGAAGAGAAAGUUGGACCAUGGCUCCGAGGUCCGUUCUUUCUCUCUGGGAAAGAAACCCUGCAAAGUCUCAGAAUACACGAGCACUACUGGGCUUGUGCCAUGUUCAGCAACACCUACUACUUUUGGGGACCUGAGAGCAGCCAAUGGCCAAGGACAACAGCGGCGCCGGAUUACAUCUGUCCAGCCACCUACAGGACUUCAAGAAUGGCUGAAAAUGUUUCAGAGCUGGAGUGGACCAGAGAAGUUACUUGCUUUAGAUGAACUCAUUGAUAGUUGUGAACCAACACAAGUGAAACAUAUGAUGCAAGUGAUAGAGCCCCAGUUUCAACGAGAUUUUAUUUCCUUGCUCCCAAAAGAGUUGGCACUAUAUGUGCUUUCAUUCCUGGAACCCAAGGACCUUCUGCAGGCAGCACAGACAUGCCGUUAUUGGAGAAUUCUGGCUGAGGAUAACCUUUUGUGGAGAGAGAAAUGCAAGGAGGAGGGGAUUGACGAACCAUUGCAUAUCAAGAGAAGGAAAGUAAUAAAACCAGGCUUCAUACAUAGCCCAUGGAAAAGUGCUUAUAUCAGACAGCACAGAAUUGAUACUAACUGGCGGCGAGGAGAACUUAAAUCUCCUAAGGUGCUCAAAGGACAUGAUGAUCAUGUAAUCACAUGUCUACAAUUCUGUGGUAACCGAAUAGUCAGUGGUUCUGAUGACAACACAUUGAAAGUUUGGUCAGCAGUUACAGGCAAGUGUUUAAGAACACUAGUUGGACACACAGGUGGAGUCUGGUCAUCACAAAUGAGGGACAAUAUCAUUAUUAGUGGAUCUACAGACCGAACACUUAAAGUAUGGAACGCGGAGACUGGAGAAUGUAUUCAUACUUUAUAUGGACACACUUCUACUGUGCGUUGUAUGCAUCUCCAUGAAAAAAGAGUUGUCAGUGGGUCUCGAGAUGCCACGCUGAGAGUUUGGGACAUAGAGACAGGCCAAUGUUUACAUGUUCUGAUGGGACAUGUAGCUGCAGUCCGGUGUGUUCAGUAUGAUGGCAGGAGGGUUGUUAGUGGAGCAUAUGAUUUUAUGGUCAAAGUAUGGGAUCCAGAGACUGAAACCUGUCUACACACACUGCAAGGGCAUACUAAUAGAGUCUAUUCAUUACAGUUUGAUGGCAUCCAUGUAGUGAGUGGAUCUCUCGACACUUCAAUCCGAGUUUGGGAUGUGGAGACGGGAAACUGCAUUCACACAUUAACGGGCCACCAGUCAUUAACAAGUGGAAUGGAACUGAAAGACAAUAUUCUUGUGUCUGGGAAUGCAGAUUCAACAGUCAAAAUCUGGGAUAUCAAAACAGGACAGUGUUUACAGACAUUGCAAGGUCCUAACAAGCAUCAGAGCGCUGUGACCUGUUUACAGUUCAACAAGAACUUUGUAAUUACCAGCUCAGAUGAUGGGACUGUAAAACUUUGGGACUUGAAAACGGGUGAAUUUAUCCGAAAUCUAGUCACAUUGGAGAGUGGGGGAAGUGGAGGCGUUGUAUGGCGGAUCAGAGCCUCCAACACAAAGCUAGUGUGUGCAGUUGGAAGCCGAAAUGGAACUGAGGAAACAAAGCUGCUGGUGUUGGACUUUGAUGUGGAUAUGAAGUGAAGGGCAAAAAAAUGAAUUUGUCCAAAUGUGUAGACGAUGUUUCCCUUCCCUCCCCCUGCAAAAAAAAAAAAAAAAAAAAAUACAUCCCUUGUCCUUGGUGGUGCAGGAUGUUGGCUUGGGGCAACAGAUCCUAAAGACCUACAGACUAUGAAGGAGGAGACUGCAAGAUGACAAACUGUAACUGACAAGAGAGGCAUUUGCUGUCUCAUCACAUAAAAAGCUUCACUUUUGACUGGGGCAGCUUUGCAAAUAUAAGACUUUCUAAAUCAAACCAGGUGCAAUUAUUUCUUUAUUUUCCUCUAAGUGCUCAUUGAGCAGAGUGGAGGUUAAAAAGUUGUUACAAUUCUUGCUAACCUGUUAUUUUACCACAGAGAUCUAGAAAGUUGCUGCAUAACAUCCGUUACUGGAUGACUUUCAAAGUUGCGAGCAUCCGUGGCAACGACAAAGUCAAAUCCUGGUGUGGAAAAGCUAAAAUCUUACUGUGAAUUGUUUUUGUACAGUUUUAUCAGAGUCUUUUUUUUUUUUUGUCCAGCCAUUGCCAAUGUCAAUCACAGUAUUAGCCUCUGUUACUCUAUUUACUGUUGCUUUCAUCUACACUCUACAAUGCAUAUGUUGCUCUGAGGUGGCAAGUUGUCCUGGGUUCUGAGAGUUCUUGAAUGGAUUUAACUCUCAAUGCUGGUGCUAGAAGUAGGUCUUCAAGUAUGGGAUUGUUGUCCCACCCCUGUACUGUAUUCCCAGUGGCCAAACUUAUUUAUGCUGCUAAAUGAAAGAAAGUAAAGCAAAUUAUUUCUUGUUUUUUAAUUUUUUUUCUGCUGUGACGUUUUAGUCCCAGACUGAAUUCCAAAUUUGCUCUAGUUUGGUUACAGAAAAAGACUUUUUGCCACUGAAACUUGAGCCAACUGUGCCUCUAAGAGGCUGAGAGUUAAAAAGUUUCAGACAAUUAAGAGUGAAGUUUGCCUGCAAGUAAAGAAUUGAGUGUGUGUGCAAAGCUUAUUUUCUUUUUUCUGGGCAAAAAUUAAAACACAUUCCUUAGAACAAAGCUAUUGCAGCCUGUUCUGUGGGGAAACUUUUUUCUUUGUGAGGGCUGUGGUGAAUGGAAUGAACAUGCAUAAUAAAACUGACAAAUUUUAAAAAUAUAAAUACAAAAAUAAAAUUGCUGGUCAGUCUUAGUGUUUUACAGUAUUGAGAAAAACAACUGUUACAGUUAUUGCUGCAAGGAACUGACACAGUGCAAAAACUAUUACGUUUUUGUAAUAAAGAUGUACAUGCAAACAAAAAAGAAAAAGUCAAAUGGUUUGCCUCAUUCUCCAAGAGCCACAACUCAAGCUGAACUGUGAAAGUGGUUUAACACUGUAUCCUAGGCGAUCUUGUUUUUCCUCCCUUUUUUGUUUUGUUUUAUUUAUAGUCUGAUUGAAAACAAUCAGAUUCCAGUUGGUUAAUUUUAGUUAUGUAACAACCUGACAUGAUGGAGGAAAACAACCUUUAAAGGGAUUGUGUCUAUGGUUUGAUUCACUUAGAAAUUUUAUUUUCUUAUAACUUAAGUGCAAUAAAAUGUGUUUUUCAUGUUA